UCAAAUAGUCACAUACGCAAUAUCGCCGCCGGCAAUAUUCAAAAUCACAAGUCUUCAACACACCUUGUUUGUCGUUUGACUCGUCUAUAUUCACUUUUACACGGUUUGUUUGGGGCUCCUUGAAAGAGAUCAGAACAGGUUAUCUGUCAGUUGGUCAAGACAACAUUCAUUUCAUUUCAUGAUUAGCUAGGCGAUUGACUUUUUCUUCAGAUGGAACUUCGAACUCUUCGUGAGUGUCUGUUGCUGCUGGUCGGCUUGAUUGUUGGUCUCCAUGUUGCGUUGUUUCUGAAGCAGAAUCAAUGCCAUUUAAUCUAUAGAAAGGAUUUCCGACCAAGGACAAUGACAAACGAAGUGCAGUUUAAUAGCAGUCAAUUCAUCUUUGUUGGUGUUAUGACAGCUGAGACAUUUCUGCAAACUCGAGCUCAAGCAGUGUUUGACACAUGGGGAAGGAAUGUUGCUGGAAAACUAACAUUUUUUUCAAGUCAGACUCAUAAAAAGUCCAAGCUACCAAUGAUCAGUCUACUCGAUGUGGAUGACUCGUAUCCACCGCUGAAGAAGUCUUUAAUGAUGGUCAAAUACAUGCACGACCACCACAUCGACGACUACGAAUGGUUCAUGCGGGCGGACGACGAUGUUUAUGUCCGCAAUGACAAGUUAGUACGUUUAUUACGUUCAUUAAACAGUUCCGACGAUAUCUACCUGGGGCAAGCGGGAACAGGUGCAAAGAACGAAAAAGGAAUGCUGAACCUGUUGCCUGGAGAUAACUAUUGUAUGGGAGGGCCGGGUGCGGUAUUCAGUCGAAGUGUUUUGAGAAAAGUUGCUCCGCAUGUGGAGCACUGCCUUCUACAAGCGCCAAAAUCACACAUGCAUGAAGACACCGAGCUUGGUCGGUGUAUACAACGCUAUGUUGGAAUUUCCUGCACUUGGGCCUAUGAGAUGCGUAAACUUUUCCUUCACGACUACGAUGCGAGCGGGAAAUUAUUUUUGGGCGGGCUGAACACUAAGACUAUUAAUGAUGCCAUUACGCUUCACCCUAUUAAAGAUCCUGCCUACAUGUAUCGUAUGCACGUGCACUUUAACAACGAACGCAUUCAAGAUCUUCAACAGCAAGGAGUAAAGCUCCAACAUGUUUUACGGAACAUGGAUCGUUUGCUACAAGCAAACAAAUUGUCCCUUCACGAGAAACGUGGCCUUCAAGAUGAAAGAGAUCUUCAUCAUCAGUUGGCUACAAAUAGCAGUGAAAAAUGGGAAAUGUUUACUUCCACAUCAUUUUACCCUGAGGUCAGCUUAAAAGCGCCAUAUACCAAGAUCCGUGGCGAACUGAAAAUUGAAGUCAACAAUAUUCUGGAGAAAGCAAAGGAAUUUGUAAAGGAAGAGUUCUGGAAGAAUCCACAUCUUGGAACGUUGAAGUACCAGCAAAUAAAUUAUGGUUAUAGGCGUUUCCACCCCUUGUAUGGCAUACAACACGUCGUACAGGUGACAGUCAGUAGUACAAAGAAACAUCGCAGCAAAACAAUUGGUCAAAUGGAAACUACUCAGCACAUUUCACUCAAGAGAAGCUUCUAUACCCAACAGCCGUUUGCAAAUUUGAGAUAUACUACUGAGCCCCUUGCAAGGAUGCCCCCUUAUGUACACUUCAUCGUCCCCUUAGAAGGGCGUCUGGAAACGUUCCGUCGUUUCAUGAAAAAUUUUGAAUUGGUCUGUCUCAAAGUACUUCAGAGAGUCAAGCUGGUAGUCGCAUAUUCUUCUUCUGUGUCUUCUCCUCAUGAACACAAAGUUAUCAUGAAGGAAUACCAAGAGAAAUAUCCCGAAGCAGAACUUAUUUGGCUUGACGUUGCGGGUACCUUUUCUCGCGGGAUAGCACUUUCUGUCGCAGCAACUAAAUUUGAUCAAACAGCCUUGUUGUUCUUGUGUGAUGUUGACUUGAUCUUUAACUUGGAAUUUAUUGAUCGCUGUCGACUGAACACAGCGCUUGGUAAGCGAGUUUACUUUCCAAUAAUGUUUUCUCAGUUUGACCCUGAACUAACAUACGGCAAGAAAACCAAGCCCGACUCGCACUUCACGAUUAAUAAAGAUGCAGGAAUUUGGAGGUCAUUCUCGUACGGACCCGCAUGCAUUUAUCAUCAAGAUAUGGAUGCUGUUGGAGGCUUUGACACAAGCAUUAGAGGCUGGGGAUUGGAAGACGUGGAUCUUUUUGAGAAGUUUGUAGAUCAUCCAGAGAUUGAGGUGUUUCGCGCAGCUGAUCCCGGUGUAAUACAUGUUUAUCAUAAAAUAAAUUGCGAUCCAAAUCUUUCCGUUAUACAAUACACUCAGUGUCAAGGCUCGAAGGCCUCUAUAUUAGCCUCUCAAAAAUCAUUAGUCAGAGCCCUGCUUUCCACUUAGAAUGCACACGACUAAUUUUUUUUGUUUUACAGUAAUGUGCCCCAUUUAAGUACUCUUUCGCUAUUCGCAUUGUGCGUGAGUGGGACAGUUUACCAAGAUCCCUGGCCGAGGUAGAAAAUUCGAAAGAGUGCAAGAAUGGACUCAAGCGCUUUCUUAAAAUGUUUUAGUUUUGUAACCAUUUUCUAACGAAGUUGAGUGUAUUGUAGAGUUACAUUUUGGAGAUAUAGUUUUGCUAUUUGACCCUCUAUUUUUAUUAAAACAUUCUCUUUUUAGGGAAACAGUUUAUACCGUCCAUCCCCUGUUUUCCUUUUCAAGAUAUACUUUGUUAUAAUAAAGUGUAUUAUCGUUUGUCUCACGAUGUAGUCACUUGAGAUGUAGAUCGCGACGAUCACAAACGAGGAGGGAUAUCCGUUAGAAACAAGUACAGAUGACAGAUGUUUCUUCUCUCCAGCGAUUACAAACCAUCAGUAAUCGCUGGAGAGAAGAAACAUCUGUCAUCUGUACCGCGACUUGUUUCUAACGGAUAUCCCUCCUCGUUUAUGAUCGUCGCGAUUUACAUCUCAAGUGACUACAUCGUGAGACAAACGAUAAUACACUUUAUUAUUGCAUCUACUACGAUGAAUAACAACAACCUUUUCCUCGACAUAUACUUUGUUCAUUUUAAAGUACUUCUUGAAUAAAUGUUAUGCUAUGCUAAACGAAAGGCUGAAAA